UUUUUUUUACAAAUUUGAAAGACCUUUUUUUUUCUUAAUUUCAAAUCGUUUCUCUUUAAGAAAUUUUGGCUUUUUUAAUAAUAAUUUUUUUCAACAACCUUACUUUUAAUAAAUAUUAGUAUUAAUAAACAUGAACUUUACUAAAUCAUGUACAAAUAAAAUUCCUUCACGUCUUAAAAAUCGCAUACUAUAUGCAAUCAUUUUAAUAAUUUCCAUUGGAUUGUUAACUUAUCAACUCAUUGUUUUAGAUUAUCAAUUUGAACUUACAAAUGUUUUUAAUGAUAAGCAAAAGGUACAAAAUAAUACAUCUCAAUUUCCUAAAAUUCAAUAUGACUUUCCCCUUAAUGAAACUGCUGAAGAAAAAUCUAUUAGAGAACAACGUCGUGAAUCUGUUAAAAAUGGAUUUCUUCAUGCUUGGCGUGGUUAUACCAAAUAUGCAUGGGGUUAUGAUGAACUAAGUCCGGUUAGUAAUAAUGGUAGAAAUAAGUUUAAUGGGUGGGGUGCAACAAUUGUUGAUGCUUUAGACACCUUGUGGAUAAUGGAUUUAAAGGAUGAAUUUAAUGCAUCUAGAGAGUUUGUGAGCAAGUUGAAUUUUACAAAUAGCAAUGAUGGAACAAACGUAUUUGAGACUAUAAUUAGAUAUUUAGGUGGUUUGUUAAGUGCUUUUGAAUUAUCAGAUGAUCAUAUUUUUCUAGAGAAAGCAAAGGAAUUAGGAGAGGCUUUGCUAUAUGCAUUUAAUAAUGAUACUGGAUUACCCUAUAAUAGUGUACAUUUAAACCCAGAUUUAAGGGUUCAACAUCCUCCUUAUGGAGGUGGCCUAUUGGCUGAAGUAGGAACUUUAUGUUUGGAAUUUACAAAAUUAUCACAGUUAUCGGGCGAUAAUGAAUUUUUCUUUAUAGCUAAUAAUAUUACCAAAGUUAUUUCCAAUGCAAAUAAAACAAUUCCAGGAUUGUAUCCUAUAAAAAUUGAUCAAGCGACCGGAAAUUUUAUAAACGAUGCAGUAUCAUUUGGAGCUAAUGGAGACAGUUUUUAUGAGUAUCUUCUCAAAGAAUUUAUACUGGUAGGAGAUGCACUUGAUAAAUAUCGAAGGAUGUAUAUCGAAUCAGUUGAAAGUAUGUAUAAAUAUUUGAUUAAAGAAAGCCCAAUAAAUGACCGUCCGGAAUUAUUAUUUCUUGGAGAAUUAUCUAUUAACGGUUAUUUUGUCGGAAAAAUGGGCCAUUUGUCAUGUUUUGUUCCUGGAUUAUUAGCUCUAGGAUCAAAAUUUCUUAAUCGUCCAAAAGACCUCGAAACUGCAAAAAGAUUAGCAGAAACAUGUUAUUUCUUGAAUAGAAUGACAAGUACUGGAAUCGGAGGGGAAGAAGUUUGGUUCAAAGUUGUAGAAGAAAAAAAUACAACAAAUAAUGAGAUCCACAAACGUUUACCAGAUGGGAUUUAUAGGUUGAGUCCAAGUUAUUCUUUACUAAGACCUGAAACCAUCGAGAGUUUAUUUAUUUUGUAUAGAAUAACAGGUGAUAAGAAAUAUCAAGAUCAAGGUUGGGAUAUUUGGCAGUCCCUAGAAAAAUGGUGUAAGACACCUGCAGGUUAUUCAGGAUUACAUGACGUGAAUUCCAUUCCGCCCGCUAAAAAUGAUGGUAUGGAAAGUUUCUUUUUGGCAGAAACAUUGAAAUAUCUAUACUUAUUAUUCAGUCCACCAGAUUUGAUAUCGUUAGAUACUUAUGUUUUCAACACUGAAGCUCAUCCAUUAUUAAGAAUGUCUGAAAAUCAUGAUUUUUUUGCAAAUUUUGAUUAAAAAAAAAAAAAAAACUUUUACAUAAUUAUUUUUAUUAUUUAUUUAUUUAUUUGGUGA